UUAAUCUCAAAACAAAACAAAAACAAUUUCAUAUUGAAGUUCUUUUGAUCAAGAACUUUCAAAGUAUUCCUUUUCACAUAAUUUUGAAAAGUUUUCAAUGUGUUUUCAUUUGUUGGGAAAUCAUUUUUACCUAAAAUACAAUAGUACUAGUGAUUAUUAAUAAUUAAUCCCUUUAUAUUUCCCAUUGUGAAAAUAUUGUGUAUAUUUUUCGCCAAUCAUUUAUUUAUUCACACUAGAAAUUUAUGUUUACAGAAGAUCGCGAGCUAGUAUACUUUUCAAAACAUAUCAUCUCUUUCCAUAGAAUUUUCAUUACCAAACAUAAACCCACACUGCCCGGCCCGGCCCGGCCCCUUUAUUAAGUAGUACAGGUAAGAAAGAGUAUUCUUCAAUUCUUUCCAUAAAUAGUUGUUUAUAACAACGUACGACCUGCUGAAAUUAAGUUUUCCUGCAUAUAUAUACAUCACACAAUUAUGCAAAAACGUUGUACGUUGUUCUCACUCGGAUGGACUCGGUAUUCCGACUCGGUAAUGGUGACCGAGUUAGCUAUCUCCAUAGUAUAAUGCACUCCUUUGCUGCCUCUUACGUGUGCCUUUGGUCCUACUCACCUGAUCUCAAUUUUUUGUACUGUGAAGAAGGACACUUCCUAGAAGAGGCGAGUUCUUCGACUAGAGGAGUAUCGAUUCCUCGACGACUCUUCGACGAGUACAAACUAUCUGUUUUUCCUGUUGGGAAUGAUCUAGUCCCAGGACUUGCAUUCAGAGACACAAACCCCUAUUUAGAGCUGCAGGAGCUAGAUCUUCAACGGCUCGCGACAAUCGAAUCACAGCGUCACUUCUACCAGGAAGCAAAGAUUAAGACUGCGGUAUUCAUAGGUUGCGAGCAAGGUGAGAUUGAACUCGGCAUGUCCAGUAUACAACAAAACUUGGAGAAGAAGAUGCAAAACCUAUUUCCAUCAAUGGAUUUUCCGAGACCAACGAUCGAUCAACAAAGCAAUUGCAAGCCAUCACCUUCUUCAUCGCAGUCCAUGGAUAGUCCUGAGUACACCUCACUCUUUUACAACUUCACUGGAGGCGGCUCUUCCACCUUCCAUCUUCAACAACCUGAACAUCCUGCUGCUAUUAGGGAAACACAGUCGAUCCCUACUGCUGUUACAAUGACAGCAGCAACUACUAAUGCUGCUAUUAGGGAAACACAGUCGAUCCCUGUUGUUGUUACCAUGACAGCAACAACUACUAAUGUUGCUAUUAGGGAAACACAGUCGAGCCCUGCUACUACUACUGCAUCUAUUGGUGUCACACAUCUUCAUCAUCACCCUUUGCUCCAAAACGUUCCUUUCCCUACUAUAGAAACCACUGACGCUGCCUUAACGAAGGCGUAUCUGGCAAUCCUGUCAUCUCCUUCUACAUCUUCAACUGGUGGCGAGACAAGUUCUUGUCCUUAUGGUUAUCAAGUAAGGCGAAAGGCGAGCGCCUUUGGAAGUUUUCAUCCUUCAGGUUCAGGUUCAGGUUCAGGUUCAGGUUCAGGUUCAGGGACGAGUUCGAGUUCGAGUCAGUUAAAGAGGUUUGAUUUCAGAAGGCAGACGUUGUUGAAACGUGCCCUUGCUUUCUAUAGAGAGAUCAAUUUUAGGAGGAUACAAGAGCUUUCUUUGCAAGGGCCAAGCCGCCCUAGUAGCAAUCAGUUGCACCAUAUGAUAUCUGAGAGGAAAAGGAGAGAGAAAAUCAAUGAGAGCUUCCAAGCUUUAAGAUCCUUGCUCCCUCAAGGCACCAAGAAAGACAAAGCAUCAGUGUUAAGAACAACAAAGGAGUAUUUAAGCUCUUUAAAAGAUCAACUCUCAGAGCUUAACAAAAGGAACCACCAACUCAUGGAGGCACAACUCGCGACGAGGCGGCGAGUAACAACAACUACAAGUGGUGGUGUAGACGACGUCUCAACGAACAACGAAAGAUUAUCGGUCAAGGUUACACCGGCGGACUCAUCAGAAUCAACAACAACAUCAGGAGCAAGAAUGUUAGACUUACAAAUAAUAUUGAGGACAGAAACUCAAGUCCCAGAUUUGGUUAUAAGAAUAUUAGAAUUUCUUAAGCAAGUUAAAGAAGCAAGUAUUAUAUCAAUGGAAGCUCAAACUCAUCAAGGUCAAGUUCCUACAAAUUGGGUCACAUUUAGACUGAAAAUUGAGGGAAACAAAUGGGAUGAAUCUUCUUUCACUGAAUCAAUCCGAAGACUUCUUGCUGAUUUGGUUUCUUGACAUUAUUGAGAAUCACUUGUGCAUUUGAUUGAUUGCUACAUACAUCAAAGUUUGUGUACCCGUUCAAUACAAAUUAUCGGACAGAAGAUUUUAUACGAUAUACAAGUCACCAUAAGCACACACAUGUAUCAUGAAUACGUUUGAAUGCACCAGAUAUUCAUUGUAAUUUAACAUGUAACAAUUUUUUAUUUUUUUAGGGGAUGUAACAAUCUUGUAUUAGGAGCCCAUUACCCUACUUACCCUGACUUCAUCUGCGGAACGUGUGUCAACUAUCCCUACUUCCGACCCAUCAAACACACCCAUAACUAGACCUGUCAAACGGGUCGGUCGGGUCGGGUUGUAAAAAAUUAUUUUCGGGUUCGGGUUGAAUCGGGUCGGUCAUUUUUGGGUUCGGGUUUACAAAUGUUUGUUCAAGACCCAGAACUUU